AUGCCAGUCAUCAUACGUGAUAUUAAUUGGGAAGAAACAGAUAUAAAUUUAGUGUUGCAUAUUCCAAUGAAAGGUGCAAAAGCAAAUAAACUUGAUGUACUUUCAUCGGAUCAAUAUCUGAAAGUUUCAUUUCCACCUUUUUUCUAUGAAGUUUUUCUUUAUGAUUUUGUUAAUGAUGAUAAAAGUCGUAUUAUUGUACAGAAUGGUUUUGUUGAAGUUACUUUAACAAAACAAAACCCACGUAAAUGGAAUCAAUUGUCACAUCCUCAAUCAGAGAAUAAAGAAAUAAUGAAAGCUCUUCGAGAAGAAGCAUUAAAUCAAAUGGGUCUUAAACAAAAACAACGUACUGAAGCAAACUCAUCAUUAUUAAACGCAAAUAAACGUGAAGCGGUUCGAGAACAAAUGAAGCUUGAAGGAGCUGAACGUAAUCGCAUUGAUACAAUUAAAAAGAAUGAGCGCGAUAAAAUUAGCGAAGAAAUGAAACAGUUUGAAGAAAAUCAAAAAAUACAACGCCAAUUAGCAAUGCAGAAUCAUAUAAAACCGAAUGAAAUUCAAUUGAGAGAAGAAAAUAAUGGACCAGAAAACAAAAAAAUGAUUUUUGAAGAAAAUAAAGUAAUAGAAAAGAAAAAAACGAUUUUUGAAGAAAACACCUCAAAAAGUUCAUUGCCAGAACCAAAGCUAAGUAUUCCACUUAGAGAAACUUGUCGCAUUGCUGUCAAUUUUACAUCGCGUGUUUUUCCAACGCCACUUCGUGAAUCUCAAACAGAUAUUGAAGAACAAUGGUUGCGAAAGCAAGUGGAAAGUCGCCAAGUCAGUACAGAUCUUCAACUUGAUUUAUCUGAAAAAGAAAAAGACAUUGAUUAUCUAAAAGAAAAAGCAAAUCAAUUUUUCCAACAAGGUAACUUUCAAUCUGCCAUUGGUGUAUAUAAUCAUGCCAUUCGAGUUUUUCCGAAAGUGGCUACAUUAUAUUCAAAUCGUGCUGCAUGUCAUUUUCAAGUGCGGAAUAUGAUGAAAUGUGUUGAAGAUUGUUCUCGAGCACUCGAAUUACUUGAUCCACCGGUACCAGAUAAUUUAUUACAACGUGUAAAAGCACAUGUACGUCGUGGAACUGCUUUCUGUGAAUUAGAACUGUAUGCUGAAGGACUGCUUGAUUAUGAAGCUGCUCUGAAGUUAUCGCCCGAUGAUGAAAAAGUCAGAGAAGAUGCUCAACGUAUUCGAAAUUUUCUUGAAAAAAACCAAGAUUUCUCCUAG